AUGGGAGAGGUUGGUAUAAUCACGAUAUUUUUGGAGUUGGCUGUCUCCAGCAUAGUCCUCUAUCAUAUCCCCAUGCUUCCUAUUACUUAUAUGAUACUCUUGGCCAUAAUGGUAAACACAUUCAUACACUCUAAAGAGAUUAUUUACAAGAAUGAUACAACAAUCAUUGCUAAGUACAAGAGCUCGGGUGGGAUGAUUAUCAAAUGUAGAAGGUAUACGAAUGUAGAAGGUUACAUUCGAAAAGAUUGCAAAAAUGGGGGGAGAGGGGUAGGUAUAAAAGGUGGGAGAAUGACCAAAAACAUAUUAAGUACUAAUGGGUGA